AGCACCCUGAUGUUGUGCGCGGUUCAAAAACUACAUUUCCCAUAAGCAAAUGCUGCAUGUCGUAAAGGGAAACAGUGCCGACAACCGUCAUCUACUAGUGUAAAUGCCGAAAGACUUCUAGCGUUGCGGUUAGAGUAAUUUGUCUAAAUGUCUAUUUUAUUGAUGUGACAUUAUGAAACUGGGCAAAAACGUGCUACCACGAUGAUAUCAAAUGAACCCAUUUAAACCCGAUUUAAACUCAUGUCUGUGUUUGUGAGGCGUGCAUCUGUGGGCGUGCUCAAAGUGCAACAUUACGCAAAGUGUUUUAUGGCUUUCUUCCUUCAUAAGUGAAUCAGCCAAAUCAAGUUUGUGUUUCAUGGUAACUAGUCAACUUACAAAACCAUUAGAUCGUAUUGAACUAUUUUUGCUUCUUCCUAUUGCUACGUUAGCAUUACAGUUCAACGGAAGACAACGUAGACUUUUAAUCAGACCAUGGCUACUGAGGAGAGUUUCUUAGCGGCAGAACAGACAAACUCUACCUGUUCUCUGCUACCUGAUGAUGCAAUUGUAGUUAACGAAGGUACAAUAAAAGAAGUAGAUUUGGCCAGACAGGAAGAAGCAGGUGCAAACCUCUGCAGGCACUUCCUGCGGGGCAGGUGCCAUUUUGGAGACAGAUGUCGUCUGUCUCACAGCAUGCCUUCCUCUGACACUGUAGAGAUCUCUAAGAAAGAACCGGAAUGUUUGGAUGGCUCAGAGAAAGAGGAGAAAAACAAAAGGAACAGGAAAAAAAUGUCCAAGUCACAAAAGAAAGAGAAAACGACGGAUUUAGAGAACAAUGGUAAGACUUUACUUUCUGCAUUUUCAUAUUCCUAUACUUUCUCAUCUCAAGACUCUCUCUUUACUUCCUUUUCAGAGCCACUAAAGAAGCCUCGAAUGCGCACAGCUGAUGAUGUCAUCAACAGAAUCUUGUGGGACUCCACAAUAGACUCUGCUGAUUUUGUGGUGGGUCAUUUAGACCGCUUCCUUGGAGUGUUGGAGAGGCCCUUUGAUGAUUUCUCAUGGGACAUCACCGUGGCCGACUGUGAUUACUCAGAAGAAUUGGCCCUCCCCAAACACAGGAUCCAGUACUUCAACUACCGAGGGCAGCGUGUGUGGGAUCGAGAUAACCGGACUGACCGAGUCUUUGGCUCAACAGGACAAACUGUGAUGCCCCCUUUUGGUGGUGAAGCCCAACAUCAAGAAGAUAUCAGACAACAAGAGGACAACAAUCUGGACUCUGCAGAACAACAACAGAUGCCAUACAUGGAACGUGAAGAGAGCCAUGAAAAUUCCACUGAGGCACAGACGGGGGAACAAGACAAUACAAGAACCAGAAAUGACAGCACAUGUAGAACAGAUUCAGAUGGGAGCCCUUUUAGAGCUCCAGGAGGUAACUCAGGAGGCAAAAAGCAAACAGGAAGUGAGACGUCCUCAGAUGAAACCGAGGCUGGUGAAGAGCACUCUUUGGGGAAUUUAACACAACAACUGUCAAUCUCCCAGACAAACAAUAAGAUUAAAAGUGAUGAAGAGCAAGAACGGGAAGGUGACUGGGAUGGGGAAAAAGAUAAAGAGCACCUGCGAUCUCCUGAAAGACGGGUCCUCUCCUCCGGAGAGCCCUCAGGUCCCCAGGAGCCAAGGCCAGGGCGAGUGAAAUGCAGGCCCACUCACUUCAUUGGCUUUCGAGUCGACUCUCCUGCCUCCCUCCACGCCUUCCAGCGCAUUCAGGCAAAGGUGCUGGCCCACCUGCCCCAGUCAGAACCUCACUGGGUCAGCUCCGCAAAGCUCCAUGUCACCCUGUCCCUGCUGUCUCUCUCUGGACCAGCUGAAGUUUGUGCAGCUGCUGAGCUGCUCCGGACUAUCGUGAAGGAGCUGCGCAAACCGCCCAUCUCUCUCACUUUCAUUCCAAAGCUGAAGCAUUUUGCUGGGAAGGUUCUGCACCUAGUUCCACAGCCUCUAUCUGAAAUCCAGACCCUGAAUGCGCCCAUUCAACAGGCCUUCAGAAAAAACGGCUGGUUGCAUCGUGAUUCCAGAUCCCCGUCUUAUCACAUGACGCUGGCUAAGGUAGAGGGAGGUGAUCGACCCUUUGAGAAUGUGGGGGCGAUAAAGUUAGGGAAGGACAUCAACUUUGGGAAACUGGAGGUACAGAGGCUUUGUCUGUGUCUUUGUAAGUCACCAAGGACAGAGAGUGGAUUCUAUGAAACAGUCUGUGCAGUUACCGUCCCAGAAAUAUAAAAAUGGGUCUUAAAUCUUAAAUCAUAUAUUGAGACACUCCAUACAUUUUUCAGAAGAAAGAAUUAUUACUUCAUAUCUGAUGUGUCUGUAUUACUUGCCAUCAAUUUGAUCUGAAUUCAAGGGAAAAAAAUAUAAUUAAUUCAGAUUAUACUCUUAACUGGUUCAAAAUCACUUUGGUCAUAGUCAUUGAGAACAGUGAUGUUGAAAGGUAUGUUAAAAAUGCACUCAUUUUGAAAUAUCUCAAUGAAACAUGAAUACAUAUUUAAAGAUACAUUGAAUAAUUCUAUACAUAUUUAAACUGUCUGAACUGCCCAUAGAUUUUGACAUUAAAAUAUGUAUGACUUGAAACAUUAUGAAUUUUAUGAACAUUACAUCAAGGCAUUUGAAAUGUGCUUUACAGACAUUAAAAUGAAUCCCCUCUACAAACCACA